CUGGACCUGACACCAGAAAGCAAUCUCCGUCACAAAGCGGAGCCGUCCGCGCUAGAAACCUCCAUCGCACGGAGGGGUGAGUGGCAUCGAAGAACGCAAAGGAAUUCCAAGACAGCCUUUUAAAAAAAGAAAUGAAAAUUAAAAACAAAUAUCCAGUGUUAUAAACCAGAAGCAGGCACAUCAUCCCCAGGACGUUUUGGAGAAGAGAAUGUCUCUGGUUCAAGGAGAGAAUGCUUGUAAAUUCCAGAGAGAGGGGGAAAAAUAUAUAACAAAAUAAAAUCAAGAGAAAGAGAUCUCUUCGGAGCACGUUCUGAAUCCUGAUGCCACGUUUGGAGAAGGAAGAGCCAUUUUCAACCUCGCUUCUCAACAAUUUCGAGAGAUUUCUUGUUCACAAUUAGCCCGACUUACAAGGAUUUACAGGUACAAAUGGGCCAAGGCUAUCAAGUCUGAAAUUUUAAAAUUUAUGUGGCUUUUUCAAGGAAGGACUUUGGGGCAGAAAAUUGGAGAUGAGCAUUGAUUGGACCAAGAUCCUUUGAAGGAGCAAGUGAGACGUUUUGCAUCAUGCUAAUCGUUCACGGAAAUCAUACUUGGCUGCCUAAGAAGACCAAGUUUCUAGAUUCUGGGGAAUGCUUCAAUGAGAUAAUAAUUUUAAGCCCAGCCGCCUGGUCACCACGAUGCUCUUGCCUUUGAACACAUCUCAUCUCAGGAAUGGAUCUCCGCAGAUCGACUCCAGAGAAUGGAAUGUACAACGCUGGGCCGGUCUGCUCACCCUGAUAGUCAUCAUCCCCACCAUCGGAGGAAAUAUCCUCGUCAUAUUGGCCGUGUCUUUGGAGAAAAAAUUACAAUACGCCACCAAUUACUUCCUGAUGUCUUUGGCGGCGGCCGAUUUGCUGGUGGGCCUCUUUGUGAUGCCGAUCGCCCUGCUGACUCUGUUGUUUGAAGAGCCCUGGCCGCUCCCUCCGUACCUCUGCCCCGCCUGGCUGUUCCUGGACGUCCUCUUUUCCACGGCCUCCAUCAUGCACCUCUGCGCCAUCUCCCUGGACCGCUACGUCGCCAUCAAAAAGCCCAUCCAGGCCAGCCAAUACAACUCGCGGGCAACCACCCUGAUCAAAAUAGCCGUGGUGUGGCUCAUCUCCAUAGGCAUCGCGAUUCCAAUCCCGAUUCGCGGGAUAGAAGACAAUGGUGCCAACUUUCGGAACUUUACCUGCGUGCUGAAGCCCAACCGUUUCGGCGACUUCAUCCUGUACGGCUCAAUAGCCGCCUUCUUCGUCCCGCUGGCCAUUAUGGUGGUGAGUUACUUCCUGACCAUCCGGGUCCUGCACCGGAAGGCUCACUUGGUCAACAAGCAGCCUCAACGUCUGACUUGGAACACCAUCUCCACCGUUUUCCAGCGGGAGAUGACAGACGGAUCCUCACCGGAAAAAAUGGCCAUGCUGGAGGGUUCCCGCAAGGACAGAACUCUGCCGAACGGGAACGGAGAGAUGCUGAUACGCAGGAUGUCCACCGUCGGGAAAAAGUCAGUGCAGUCUAUCACCAACGAACAGCGGGCUUCCAAGGUGCUGGGGAUUGUGUUCUUCCUUUUUCUGGUGAUGUGGUGCCCUUUUUUCAUCACCAACAUCACCUCCGUCCUGUGCAAAUCCUGCAGUGAGGAGUUCAUCCAGAUGCUGAUGGAGAUCUUCGUCUGGAUCGGCUACGUCUCCUCGGGGGUGAAUCCGCUGGUCUACACCCUUUUCAAUAAGACCUUCCGGGAAGCCUUCGGCAGGUACAUCACCUGCAAUUACCAGACUACGGUGUCUGGCACGGCCUCCCGGAGACCCUCCGCCAGGCUCUCGUUCCGAAACUCGGUGACCGAGAACUCCAAGCUUUUUAUGAUGCACCAUGGAAGGCGGAACGGGAUCAAUCCGGUCGGCUACCCAAACCACCGGCUUUGCAGCUCGCCCAUCCAGUCGGCGUCGGCCGUUCUGCUGGACACGUUGCUCCUCACCGAGCACGAAGCGGACAAAACAGAAGAACAAGCCAGCUACGUGUAGCCCGGCGGUGGGAAAUGCACCCUGUGCGCGCACGCAAAGCCCGUCGGGAAACGGCAGUAUGUGUAUAUAUAUGGUUUUCAUCCAUUAUUUAUAUGAUCCCUAACUGCAGUUUUAAGAACUGGUCUCCUCUUGCCCCAAGACCGCCUCCGUUUACUCCAGUGUAAGAGAUAAAGCAAGCUUUCCGACACUGCGAGUUUAUAAACGGAGGAGCCUCAAUAAAUAAAUACAGCUCUGGCAAGUCUCGGGUCUCCGAUUCCUCAUCUCCGAUUUAUUUAAACAGACGCACACGCGACGUGACAAAAAGACAAAGGGCUACUUUUUCAAACCUACGCAAGGUUUGU